AUGGUCGGCGGGUUAGCUGGGGAGAGAGAGGCCCCUGUUGUUACUCAGGCUCGUGGUAGGCUCAGGUCGGUAGGCUCGAGGUUGGGUGGGAUCGUAUGUUUUUCUCGAGAUCGAUGGAAAUGUCCGGGAAGAUAUCCAGAAGAAGCUAUGGUGGGGGAGGGGAAGGAAUGGGUUGUGGUUAUGGUCAUGGUUAUGGUUAUGGUUAUGGUCAUGGUCAUGGUUAUGGUCAUGGUCAUGGUUAUGGUCAUGGUCAUGGUUAUGGUCAUGGUGGGGAGGAUUUCCAGGAAGGAGCUACUUGUGAAAUGGGGAUAUUUAUAUCAAUGA